AUGGCAGCUAGCACUGUGUUCCCUGUGCUGCGCUCCUCCGAGUACUUCGCAAGGCCAUCAAUUGAUGAGCUGGUAGAGAGGGAGGUGGCUGAUCCUGGCUACUGCAGCAGGGUUCCAAACUUCAUCAUAGGGAGGGCUGGAUAUGGGCAGGUUAGGUUCUUGGGCGACACUGAUGUGAGGGGCAUUGACCUGAAUGAAAUUGUCAGGUUCGAAAAACACUAUGUGGUGGUUUAUGAAGAUGAGACUUGUAAGCCACUUGUAGGGCAUGGUCUUAACAAAGCAGCAGAAGUGUCCCUGCUGCUGAGUCUGAAGGAUCUUCCGGAGCCCAGUAUCCUUGUUGAGGUGCUAAGGUGUUCUGCAAGAAAGCAAGGUUCUAGGUUUCUUUCAUUCAAUCCAGUGAGUGGAAAAUGGAAAUUUGAGGUUGACCAUUUUAGUAGAUUUGGGCUUGUCGAUGAGGAGGAAGAGGAUGCUGUGAUGGAUGAGGCAGCUGUUCGGCAGCCAAUUACUGAAGUAAGAGAAAGAGAUCCACCUUCAAAUGGUCAUGAAAUUGAGCUUUCCCAUUCAUUGCCUGCUCAUCUCGGGCUUGACCCUGCAAAGAUGCAAGAAAUGAGGAUGGUGAUGUUUUCCAAUGAGGAAGAAGAUGAAUAUAUGGAGGAUGGGUUCCCUUCUGACGAGAGGUACGUUAGCAAAGAAAGGAUGAAUGUGGAUUCACCUGCCUCAAGCGGUAAAGGUUUGAGGUUAAGGCCUCUCUCUCCCUUGCACAUGUCUUCUCAGAAGGCUGGCAGGAGAUCUGGUAUGCCGGUUCGGAAAGAACCUCAGGCACUUUUGGAAUACAGUAUGAAUUCUUCAGAUCUUGGCCCAUCGACCCAGGGUAUUCUUAUGUCUGGGCAAAACAGAGGAUUUCCAGUGAGUAUGACCAAGGUGGAUGGUUUUAAGCUGCCGGCUGACCAAGAAACUCCUGUUGCUGGAAACAUGUAUACUAAUUGUGUAGUGGAUGCUGCUUUAUUCAUGGGUAGAUCAUUUCGUGUUGGUUGGGGACCAAAUGGUUUACUUGUACAUUCAGGUAGUCUGGUCAAUAAUCCUGGAACAGGCCUAUCUUCUGUUAUUCACAUAGAGAAAGUUGCAAGUGACAAAGUUGUGCGUGAUGAUAAGAACAAGAUUAAGGAUGACCUAACAGAACUAUGUUUUUCUGAUCCAAUGGACCUCCAUAAGAGUCUUGAUCAUGAGUUUCUGGAGACUGAGUCUGACUCGUUCAGAUUAAAGCUUCAGAAAGUCAUGGCAAAUCGUUUGGUUUUGCCUGACAUCUGCAGUAACAGUGUGGGAGUUAAUCAGGGUCUUGUUCUCAGAAAGAGCAACUGGAGAGCAGACUUCAGCAAUUGGUUACAGGACAGUGUUUGCCAUCGGGUGCAAGGAGAGGUGAGCUCCUUAAAUGAUGCCAGGUACUUGGAACAUAUCCUUCUUCUUUUGACUGGUCGACAAUUGGACACGGCCACAGAAAUUGCUGUCUCAAGGGGUGAUGUUCGGUUGGCAAUCUUGCUAAGUCAGGCAGGUGGGUCAAUGUCAAAUCGAUCUGACCUUGCUCAGACACUGGAUCAGUGGAAAAUGAAUGGUCUAGAUUUUGAUUAUAUAGAAGAAGACUGGUUAAAGGUAUAUAGGUUGCUUGCUGGUAACGUACAGGCUGCUUUUCUUGAUUCACCAAUUGACUGGAAAAGGUACCUUGGUUUGAUUAUGUGGUAUCAAUUAUCACCUGAAACACCACUUGAUAUUAUCAUUCGUUCUUAUGAUCAACUCCUUGGUGAGGGAAAAGUUCCCUAUCCUGUUCCUGUAUAUAUAGAUGAAGGACCUCUUGAUGAAGCGCCUCAGUGGUCCCCAGGUGACCAUUUUGAUAUCUCCUUCUACCUAAUGCUUCUUCAUGCCAAUCAAGGCGAGAAGUUUGGGCUGCUAAAAACUAUGUUCAGUGCAUUCUCAUCUUCAUUCGACCCCUUGGAUUAUCAUAUGAUAUGGCUUCAGCGUUCGAUUUUGGAAGCUGUUGGUGCUUUCAGUUCAAAUGAUCUUCACUUGCUAGAUUUAAGUUUUGUUUAUCAAUUACUUUGUCUUGGGAAGUGCCAUUGGGCUAUCUAUGUCAUUCUACACAUGCCGUAUCUUGACGAUGCCCCAUACAUUCAUGAGAAAUUAAUCAGGGAAGUUUUAUCACAAUAUUGUGAGUCAUGGAGUAGAGAUGAUGCUCAAAGGCAAUACAUUGUGGAACUUGGUAUACCAGAAGAAUGGAUGCAUGAAGCUCUGGCUCUUUAUCACGAAUACUAUGGAGAUAAGCAGGGUGCACUGGAGAAUUUUAUUCAGUGUGGCAACUGGAAGAAAGCUCAUGCUAUUUUCAUGACUUCUGUUGCUCAUUCUAUAUUUCUGUCAUCUAACCAUCAGGAGGUCUGGAAGAUCACAAGUGCCUUGGAGAACCAUAAGUCUGAAAUUGCUGACUGGGACCUUGGUGCCGGAAUAUACAUAGACUUCUACAUUCUAAAGAACUCAAUGCAAGAAAGAAAUGCCAUGGAUGAUUUGGAUUCACUCGAGGAGAUAAGUGAAUCAUGCAGAAGUUUCUUUGGCCGAUUAAAUGAUUCAUUGUUAGUCUGGGGAAGCAAAUUACCUGUUGAGUCAAGAAUACUCUCUGGGCUUGCUGACAGUGUUAGGUAUGACAGGGCAUGCUACUCGAAGAUAGCAGAGGAGCUAUGUGAGCUUCUUGUGGACACCCCAAGCGAGACGCUGAAUCUACCCAUGGGAUGUCUUCAGACGAUGCUCAACGCUCCAGUUCCUGAUGAAAUCAGGUCGUCGUACCUGCAGGAUGCACUCAGCGUCUUCACCGAAUUUCUUUGCAGCGAUUCAUAA